AGCCCCAGCUUCAGUUGCUAUCAAUGUAAAAGCAGCUGCCGUGUUCUGUACGGGCAAGGGCAGCCACUCCCGUCUAGCAAUAGCAUCCCAAAAGCCAUCAGGCCAUGGAAUGGGAUCGUGCUCUCGUAACUAAUCUGAACCGUUCCCUGUAGAACUGAUCCAACGGCAUUUCCUAUGUUUACAUAACUCAUCGCGGCAGCCCUUUGCUGCUGCAGACUCUGGCCGAGGAGGAACGAUCCCGCAGCCCGGGCUCUGAAGGACACCGACCCUACCUGCAGGGGAGGAGGACUGCGACGAGCGGCUGCGGCCGCUGCCCAUCCCGGCCUGCUGUUGUAUCCCCAGUACGCGUUAGGAUUUUGUACCGAUCUGUACAUAGACAAGGGGCCCCCCUCUCCCUCCCUGGUGCCGGGUGCCAGUGCUGGACACUGCCCCGCGCUCAUCCCGCCGAGUUCCCAGCCCGGGAUGCUCCGAUGCACUGAUGGCUCUCGUCCCGCCGCUCCCGGCCGGGCUGGCAGCGCACACCGCCUCACGCCAACAGCCCCGGGCUGCCAGCAAUCCCGGCCGGAGCCGCGGGGCACGGCGUGCCCGCUCUGUGUGUGUUUGUGUAUUUAUGUACCGCCCCGCCACAAUAAAAUCCGCCUCUUUUCUACCUCCCCGCCGCCGGCCGUGCCUCCCUCGCCCCGCCCGCCGCAUGCGCUCCGCGGGCCCGCACUAGGCCGCGCUGCCGCCCUUGCCGCCGGGCCGCGCUCCGCUCCCGCCGCGAUGAUGAUGAUGGCGCUGAGCAAGACCUUCGGGCAGAAGCCCGUCAAGUUCCAGCUGGAGGAGGAUGGCGAGUUUUACAUGAUCGGUUCCGAGGUGGGGAACUACCUGCGGAUGUUUCGGGGCUCCCUGUACAAGAGGUACCCCUCGCUCUGGAGGCGCCUGGCCACCGUGGAAGAAAGGAAGAAGAUUGUGGCCUCUUCACAUGAAAAUCAGCGGUCUCACAGUCCCCGAAGAUAUCACGGCUAUACAACAUUAGCCACUAGUGUGACGCUCCUAAAGGCCUCUGAAGUGGAAGAGAUCUUGGAUGGAAAUGAUGAGAAGUACAAGGCAGUGUCUAUCAGCACAGAACCUCCCACCUACCUCAGAGAACAGAAAGCAAAGAGGAACAACCAGUGGGUGCCCACCCUGCCCAACAGCUCCCAUCACCUGGAUGCAGUGCCCUGCUCAACCACCAUCAACAGGAACCGCAUGGGCAGGGAUAAGAAGAGAACAUUCCCUCUGUGCUUUGAUGACCAUGACCCAGCAGUGAUCCAUGAGAAUGCAUCCCAGCCAGAGGUUCUGGUUCCAAUCAGGCUUGAUAUGGAAAUUGAUGGGCAGAAACUCCGAGAUGCAUUUACGUGGAACAUGAAUGAAAAGCUGAUGACCCCAGAAAUGUUCUCUGAGAUUCUUUGUGAUGACCUGGAUUUGAAUCCUCUGACCUUUGUCCCUGCUAUUGCAUCUGCCAUCCGACAGCAGAUCGAGUCCUACCCCACUGACAGCAUCCUGGAGGAUCAGUCAGACCAACGGGUUAUCAUUAAGCUGAACAUCCAUGUAGGAAACAUCUCCCUCGUAGACCAGUUUGAGUGGGACAUGUCAGAGAAGGAGAACUCACCAGAGAAGUUUGCCUUGAAGCUGUGCUCAGAGCUUGGCCUGGGCGGGGAGUUUGUCACCACUAUUGCGUACAGCAUCCGGGGACAGCUGAGCUGGCACCAGAAGACCUAUGCCUUCAGCGAGAACCCUCUGCCGACCGUGGAGAUCGCCAUUCGCAACACGGGGGACGCUGACCAGUGGUGCCCCCUCCUGGAAACCCUCACAGACGCCGAGAUGGAGAAGAAGAUCAGAGACCAGGACAGAAACACAAGGCGCAUGAGACGUUUGGCCAACACCGCUCCAGCCUGGUAACCUUCCUCUCGUGACACUGGUGCUCUUCCUACAGACUUUAUCCCUAUUCCUCUCCCCAGAUGGAUCUAGAAUUGGCAGGGGUCUUUCUGUCUCUGAAGGAGACAUACAUUCCACUUGCCACAAGUUCCCAGUACUGCUGAUGUCUGCCCCACCCCCUCCAGCCCAAUGCCACGUGCCAAGAGCGCUGUGGGAGCAGCUGAGACCUGUGGCAGGGGUUGGAGCCCUUCUAUGCCUGUGUGUGGACAGUGUAAAGAUUCUUUUGUAUAGGUGCAAUGUGCACUAUUAGGACAACUUUUUAAAUAAAAGGAAUGCAUACAAUGUA